AUGGCGACACCAACGCUUCUUCGCCCACAAUUCUUCCACACUCUUCUUCCCGACUUCCACACUCACCUCAUGAUUCCUCAAGACUUCUUCUCCAAGUACAUUGAGGUAGGAGCAAGCGCGACGGCGGAGCUCAAAUCCGACGCGUCGGAUAUGACCUGGAGAGUGGAGAUUACUGGUCGGAGACUCGGUGACGGCUGGAGAGAGUUCGCGGAUGCUAAUAAUCUUCGAUUCGGGUGCGUUGUCCUUGUUAGGUACGAGGGAGAUAUGGUCUUCCAUGUUUCGAAUUUAGGUCAAAAUUUCUGUGAGAUUCAAGACAUUCCCCCUCCAUGCAAAAACAACAUUGGUGAUCUUAAGAUGUGGGCUGAUACAGAGAUUCCCAGAAACAAGAAAACGAAGAUGAGAAGUUCUGAAGCAGAAGCAGUUUCUUCUUCUUCAGAGAAUUCCUGUUUUGUGGCUCUUGUCACCGCUUCUAGUCUACGCACAGAUAAACUGUAUCUUCCACAACAUGUUACAAGCUCAAAUGGUCUUACAAGAAAAUGCCGCAAGAUUGUUUUAAUAGGAGGGUGUACUGCCUCAUACGUAUCAACAUUGGAUCUGAGCUUCAACAAUUCAACUGAUACUUUUUACAUGAACCGAGGUUGGAGAAGUUUCUGUGACGAAAACGGACAAGAAGCAGGAGGCUUCUUUAUGUUUAAACUAGUGAGAAACGGGGAAACUCCUAUGCUCAGUUUCUGCCCUACAGAAUCUAAUAAUGAUACACAGGAUUCUUCACAAGCUAGCGAGAGGGAAUCUCUUUCCACAGAACUUAGCAGCAAAGAUGAAUACAGACAAGGCGAGAGCAGUGAAGAAGAUUGCAGCUCAAUGGAGUCGUUGAUGGAGACAGGAAAAAAGAAGUGUAGUCCGAAACGAAGAGUUUCAUCAUAUUCAUCAUAUUUGCCACAUUAUAAACAAUAUGUAACAUUUACACUUCCACCUGGUGAUGUAACAUAUCCUUCAUUGUCUCUUCCAGCACUAUUUGUGAGAGAGAAUGGCAUCAACAAGCCUGGGGAGGUAUAUCUAUUGGGUAAAGAUGGUACAAAGUGGCCGACAAGCCUUCUGCAAAAGAACAGAGGAUGUAUGAGUUUGGGAAAGGGUUGGAAAGAAUUUGUCAAAGCAAAUGGCGUAGAAUCAGGCUUCACACUCAAGUUGAUGUGGGAAGACGCAACUCCGGUGUUUAGUUUGUGCUGUGCAGAUUCUACCACUGACAGAGAGCAAGAAGAGUAUUUCAAAGCUAUAAAGAAACAGACUCUUUUCAUAGAUCCUAUCAACAGAAACAAUGGCAGCAAAGAUGAGAAUAACAAAGAAGAUAACGUGUCAUGGGGGAGAAAAAAGAGAGGGAGAGAUUCAACUCCAUCGAGCCUAAAACAAUUUGUGACAUUAACGAUUACACCUUCCAGUGUCAGUAAAUACAGACUGCAUCUUCCAAAGAGUUUCACGAGGGAGAAUGACAUCAACAAGCCUGGGAUGAUAACUCUGUUAGGCAGAGAUGGUAUUAAGCAUCAGACUAGUUUGCUACUCAACAACAAAGUAGAAAGAAUCAUGGCUUUGGGAGGCGGCUGGAAAGAGUUUGCUGAAGCAAACGGCUUAAAGACAGGUGACUCCUUCACUCUCAAGUUGAUUUGGGAAGACACAGAUCCUGUGCUGAGCUUGUGCCCUGCGGAAUAUAGCAUUGACAGAGGAGGAGGAUAUUUAGAAACAAACCAGAAAAAGUCUCCUCCCAUAGAACGUAACAGCUCUGAGAAAAUCAUCAAAGAGAAAAGCAAAAGAGGGGAUGAUAGUCAAGCAGAGACUAGGUCAAUGGAAAGAGAAAAGAAUCAUGAGAGAGGGAGAGAUUCAACUUCAUCAAGUCAAAAACAAUUCGUGACAUUAAAGAUUACACCUUCCUGUUUCAUAACGUGUAGACUGGUUGUCCCAUCACAAUUUGCGAGAGAGAAUAGCCUGAACAAGCUCAGAAUGAUAUAUCUGUUGGGUAGAGAUGGUAAAAAAUGGCUGACAACAAUCCAACAGGCAAAACAAGGAACAGUGUGUUUGGGAAAGGCUUGGAAAGAUUUUGCUGAAGCAAACAACUUUAAGUCAGGCGAUUCCUUUACUAUGGAGUUAAUAUGGGAAGACGGAACUCGUAUGCUCAGAUUGUUAGGUACAGAGUCUAGCAAUUUCAAAGCAUAUGUUUCCACAGAACCUGGAAGCAGUGGUUCAUCCUCAGCAAUACAAAAGCGAUCGGUCAUAUUAACACUCACACCAGAAGAUGUCAGAGCCUGUAAGCUGCAUCUUCCAAGUGAAUUUACGAAGGCUAAUGGUAUCAACAAGCUUGGGAAGAUAACUAUUUUGGGUAAAAACAGAAUGGAAUGGCCUGCAUAUCUAUUGACAAGAGAUGGAACUGUUGCUUUGGGAAAUGGUUGGGAUGAAUUUUGUGAAGCUAGUGGCGUAAAUUUAGGAGAAUCCUUCACUUUAGAGUUUAGUAGUGAACACAACACAACUCAUGUACUUAAGUUUUGUCCUCUGGAGACUAACAAAAAGGUAGGAAAUGUUAAUUAG